UUUUUCAUUGAAAAUAUUCCUAUUCUGUUAGUUCACCUGACUCGUAUAUGUCGUUUUUAUUAUUUUUUAUUGGAAUAUCCCAUACCAAAUGAGGGGUGAUUUUGUUAUUUUCUUCAACUUGUUCCACAAAUUUAGAAUAAAUACUGAGCUCUUCUUUGGUAUACUGAUUCAUUUCUUUUAAAUCUCUGAUGACUUUAUAUUGAUUAAACAACGAAUUUCUAAGCUUCACAAGAUCUUUUACUAUUUUCCUAAUAUUCCCAUACGCCUUCACAGCUGGGCUCUUUUUGUCAGAUAUAAUCUGAGCAACCUGCGUCUCUAGCACAGUCUCUAUAAAUCUUGACUUCAUGUCAAAUUUUUCCUUUGAAAUAUACUUCUCUCUUCUCUUCUUAGAUUUACUCUUCCUUACAAUUUCAGAUCUUUUUACUUCUUUGCUGGCUGCAAUAAAGCACUUUGUAUGAAUACUAACAAUAUUUUCUAGUAUAUCGUUGAACUUUUCUUUAAGAUAUUCCACCCUAUUCUCAGAGCAAUCUGAGGAUUGAGUUUUCAUCUGAUGUAUAGUAGAAUACCUGACCUCUUCAGGAUUCUCGAUCAACUUCUUCAUGAUAUGAUUGUUCAUAAAAUCCUCAUACUCAUGAAGUUUAUGCUCAUAUUUCUUCCCAGUCUGGACUGGCGGCUCUCCAGAACCUGCAGUUUCAAAUUGUUUCAAUGAUUCCUUCAGCUGUUUAUUCUCCCUCUUCAACCUCUCCACCUGCUGUUCAAGCCCCUUACUCUUCUCCUCCAGCCUGACUAAAUAAUUCUUCUUCCUCCUUCUAAACUCCCUUGAUCUCUCCAUUGUAGUCUUAGCUUUCUCCUUCUUGUCACCUCCUUCGUCACUGCCAGGCUGCAUAAGU